AUGAUCACUGCCAUUAUUUAUUUAGUUAAGAUCACAAUUACAAGAGGGAGAAUUAAUGACUUCAAAAAUCAACUUCUUGAAGAAGCAGAUUAUUUCGAAUUACUAGAAUUAAGAAAAGUUAUUUUACGUACACAACAAAACAAUCAAGAGGUCCCAGUGGCAAACUUACUUGAUAGUAAUCUAAAAAUAUAUAUUGUUCUAAAAAUGUGCUUUUUUCUCUUAGCAUCUGUAUCAAAUUAUCUAGAUUUCCGUCCUGAUCAAAAAAGAAGAAUGGCUAUGCGUGUACCAAAAGCACCGGGCUUUGCCUCGAUGAUGAAAGAAGGAGCAAAGUAUAUGCACGGUCUUGAUGAAGCCGUUUAUCGUAAUAUAAAUGCUUGUAAAGAAUUAUGCGAAACAACAUCGAGUAGUUUUGGUCCAAAUGGUUUAAAUAAAAUGGUUAUUAAUCAUAUUGAAAAAUUAUUUGUCACUAAUGAUGCUGCAUCCAUCUUACGUGAAAUAGAUGUUGUUCAUCCAGCCGCUAAAAUUCUCAUGUUAGCGAGUGAAAUGCAAGAAAAAGAAGUGGGUGACGGUACAAAUUAUGUCAUUCUAUUUGCCAGUAAAUUGUUAGAGAAUGCUGAAGAUCUAUUACGUAUGGGUUUAUCACAGAGUGAAAUUAUUGACGGUUAUCUGUUAGCAAUGUCAAAAGCAUUAGAAAUACUCCCAAAAUUAGAAUUAGAUGUGGGUAUUAAAUUAACAAAAGAUAAUUUGAAUGAACAUGAUGCACUAAUAUCAAAAAUAUUACAAACAGCGAUUAGUAGUAAAUUAUUCGGUUAUCAUGAGUUUUUAGGCGAAUUAGUCACGCGUGCCUGUUUAGUGGUAUCUAAUGAUGGUACGCAUAGUUUUAAUGUCGACAAUGUUCGUGUAUGCAAAAUAUUAGGUGGUGGUUUAUUACAAUCAUCGAUGGUAUCCGGUAUGGUUCUCAAGCGUGAAAUUGAUAGUGAAGUAACAAAGGUACAACAAGCGAAGAUAGCUGUUUAUAGUUGUCCAAUUGAUAUACAAGUAACGGAAACAAAAGGGACUGUGCUGUUGAAAUCAGCUGAUGAAUUAUUGUCAUUUUCAAAAGAUGAAGAAACAGGAAUUGAAUCACAAAUAAAAGCGAUACAUGAUUCUGGUAUUAAUGUUAUUGUCAGCGGUGGUAAAAUAGGUAAACUGUUUUUGUAUUACAUUUAUCUUGUUUUAGUUCACUUUACAUUCUCCAUUUUAGGUGAAAUGGCAUUACAUUUCUUAAAUAAAUAUCAAAUCAUGGCCGUACGUUUAAUGUCAAAAUUUGAUUUACGUCGUGUAGCAAAAACAAUCGAUGCUGUGGUUUUACCUAAAUUGCGUACUCCAACCCAUGAAGAAAUUGGUUAUUGUGAUAAUAUUUAUCUAGAUGAAAUCGGUGAUACAUCAAUAGUUGUAUUUAAACAUCAAAAGUCAACGAUAUCAACUAUUAUACUUCGUGGGUCAACUGAACAAAUUCUUGAUGAUUGUGAACGCGCUUUAGAUGAUGCCGUUAAUAAUUUUAAAGCAUUAACUAAAGAGCAAGCUUUGUUACCUGGCGGUGGUGCAGCAGAAAUUGAAUUGGCACAACAACUGACAACGUAUGCACAAACAUGUCCCGGUAUUGAACAGUAUGCUAUUAAACGUUAUGCUGAAACAUUUGAUUGUAUACCAAAAAUAUUGGCAGAAAAUUCUGGAUGCAAAAGUACAGAAAUAUUGGCUAAAUUAUAUGUUGGCCAUCAAGAUAAUAAAAAUCUUGGAUUUUUAAUCGGAAGCAAUCAAGCAAUAACAAAAGAACGAACAACACAACCAAUUGAUAUAACAUGCGAGACAAGUGAUAUGAAACUGAAUGCAUUAUAUGAUUUGUAUAUCACAAAAAAAUGGGCAUUAUUAUUUGCAACAAAAGCAGCGUGUACUGUUUUAAGUGUCGAUGAAAUUAUUUGUGCUAAGCCAGCAGGUGGUCCAAAACCAAAAGAGAAUAAGGGAUGGGAUAACGAUGAUUAA